CAUACUAUAGAAUUUGACAAUUAUAAAUUAAAAUGGUGCAAUUAUUAGAAAACAUUGAGUCUAAAAUUAGUGGGACGCAAAGUGCAAUCGCCGGUGGAGCUUCCGGAGCUGUAACGAGGGCCAUUGCACAGCCGCUGGACGUACUCAAAAUAAGGUUUCAACUUCAACUUGAGCCUAUACAACGAGGAUCGAAGUACAGUUCGAUAUUACAAGCAAUAGGUUCUAUUGUGAGAGAAGAAGGUGUAUCUGCGUUGUGGAGCGGCCACAUUCCCGCGCAAUUACUAUCGGUAACAUAUGGAAUUAUACAGUUUUCUACGUUCGAAAGACUGACGCAUACUUGUCAGCAACUGGAGCCUGGAUUAUAUAAAACACAUAAGCAUAUUAUAACCUUUAGUAACGGAGCGAUAGCCGCCACUGUUGCUACCGUCCUAUCAUUCCCAUUUGACACUGUGAGAACAAGAUUAAUCGCUGAAAGAAAAACUUGUAAGGCUUAUAGAGGGUUUCUGAACGCAUGUACUCUUAUAGUUAAGAAUGAAGGCGCUCUUGCGUUAUACAAAGGUAUAGCACCAACAGUAGCCCAAAUAGCACCUCAUGCUGGUAUACAAUUUGCUGUGUACAAAAUAUUUACUGAGAGUAUAUUGAACAAACUUAAGUUUUUCCAACGUAGUAGUAACAUUAGUGAAGCAGUUGAAUCCUCUUUAAUAGCAAAUGUUUUAGCCGGCGGUUUUGCUGGUUUUGUAUCGAAAACAGCAAUAUACCCAUUUGAUGUUAUCAAAAAGAGGUUACAAAUUCAAGGUUUCCAGAUGUAUAGAAAAGAUUUUGGUAGACAGAUAUACUGUGAUGGUUCAGUACAUUGUAUUAAACUGACUAUUGCUGAAGAAGGUUUCCUAGCCCUGUACAAAGGGUAUGGACCUAGUAUAUUGAAAGCAGUAUUUGUUUCAGCAUUACAUUUUGCUGUGUAUGAUGAAAUUAAAUACUUCUUAUUAAGAAUGAAUAAGUAGGUGAAAUGUCAAAAGAAGAGGCAACUUACAAAGUGGAGUGCACUAGGCUUUUGACCAGGGUAGGCAUAAAGCAGGAAGAUGUCAUAAAAUGGAAAACCUGUUCCUAUAUGAGUUUAUAAAAAUUGUAUGGUAGGCAGUGCAUUUGUGCAUAUACAAAGUGCACGCCACUAAACCCUGAUAUGUAGCAUAAAAAUUAUACUCAUUUAAGUAAUCAUUUCUAUUUCUUUUACUCAACAUAAUUUAUUAGUAAAAGUCAUUUGAUAAAUAAUGGUGCCAGUUCUUUUCUCAAUGCUCCCCGUAGGUAUAGUUCUAUGUUGAGAAUGUCAAUUUAGUUCAUAGAUUUUUGUGCAACAGUAUUGGCACCAAUAUUACCCUUAUUAUUAGGUUAAGUGUAAUCACACUAGUAAAACUGGUUCCUAUUAAUUUUGGGUUGAAGUAAAAAUGUGUUAUUUAUGGAUAAGUGUUAGAUAGAUUAUAAAAAGAACCUGUGAUAGUCAUUUCACUUAUGCAGAAAGAUAGCAUAUCGGAUCUGCCAUGUGAAUUAUUGUAGAAUUAAUAAUUUAUUAAAUCAUUUAAAUUAUU